CUGGCGAACAACCGAAAAUAGCCCGACAACCUUGCGCAUAAACCCAUAAAGCAAAAGAAGCGCAGCCAGGAAGAAAAGUCGAGUGGAGAAAAGAAAAAUGUGUGUAUUCAAUGUGUGGCAACAGUUUCGAUAUAACGUUCGGAAAGUGGCGAAAGUAAUGGGGGCCGCCGACUUGAGAUACACAUGAUCUGCUCGCAGCACCACCCAUCCACGCAUUCACCCAUUCACCCAUCCACCCACUGGUCCACGUCCACCCAUCCAUCCAUCCAGUCAGUCAGUCCAUUUCCCCCGCUAGUGCGUGCACUUUCGCAUAAAUUGGAAAUAUUAAUUGCGUGUAACCUAAAAGUGGAAUAAAGGAAGUGUGCGCACUUUGCGCGGAGGAAUCGUAAACGGGGGCCAUGGGAGGAGCACUGGGUGUGUGCCGCGGCGCGAUCGCCAUGGGGAGGCAAACAAAAGAGUGUCAGCGUUUUAAAAAUAGUUCGGUUUGGUUUGCGGCGUGAUUUUAUUUGUUCUUCUGCGGGCCGCCCGACGAUCGAUGGCAUCCAGUUCUGAGUUCCGAGUUCUGGCUUCCAACUUACGGGCCAAAACCGUAACCAAGACCCAAAACACGACGGCCCAGUGCAUUCCGGAUCGGUUCUCCGUUUCGGUUAAGUGACCACACGCGUGCAUAUUUUUGGAAAAUAUUCAAAACUUUCGCACAUGUGGGGAAACGUGCUGAAAUGGGAUUUUCGAAAUUAUUGUUUACAUUUCGUGGAUUUAAUCGUUACACUUUAAGGCUCGUUUAUGUGUGCGUUUGGCGGCGGACGUUCCACAUCGGUCUUCCUCUUCUAUAAACAACCUCCGGAUUUUGAUAAUUCUCGGAUUUUCUCGUCUUGUGUGCGUUUUUAGUGGCGUAUCGGGCAGAGUAAACAAACAGAGACCGAUUGAGCGAUAUCGAGAUGGACUGGGACAAGCCACCGCCGCCGCCGCAGCCACCUCCGAAACCGCGACGAACCCGUUCCGGUCGCCACAAUGUCCUGCACUACGAGUCCUUGCCCACGGCUCCGCCGGCGAUGUGUGGUCGCGCGGAGGAGAACAUCUUCCAGUUCCCGGCCGUGGCCUCCCGGGCUCGCAACCUCUCCGCCUCCCCGAAGUUCGAGAGACGGGAACCCAAGGAUCUGCCCGUCUGCGAGCUGGGCAAGCACUCCUGCUCCAAGUGCCAGCCCUACCGGGCGGAUCGGGGCACCAUCGAACCGCUGAAAACUCGUCUGAAUUCCGCCAUCGAAGCGAUGGACGAACUAACCCGGACGUAUGCCCUGCUGGAGGGCUUCCUGGAGCACCGUCUGUCCACCAUCGCCGACAACGAGGCGGGCGAGAGGGAGGCGGAACUGUCCGCCCUGGACGACGAUGUUCCUUCCACUAGUCAAGCCGCCAGGCAGCAGCUUCCUCCCGCGAAGCCACCUCGAUCCAACACGAACGACCACCAGUUCGACCUCGAGCACUCGCUCACCUGGCUGGAAUCCCUUAUGGGCACCGAGGUGGUUCCGCCCUUCAAACAGGGCAAGUUCAAGCGCAUUCGGGAGCGCAGCAAGUCUAUGAUGGACGAGGACCUCAACAUUUUCAUGAAGGGCGAUCGUCCUAGCAUUAAGCUAAGCUCCUCGCGUCCUUAUCUCCUGAGGCGCCAGAGCACCUACAGCGACAACAAGGCGAAGGUGUCCAAGUGGACCAAGGUCAAGGCCGCCUUCAAGUGGGAGCGGGCCAAUGUGCCGCCAUCGGGACCAGGUGCUCCGGAAACGCACGUCCUGAUGCCACUCAACCACGAGGUGGAAAGAUACCUAAAGGUGCCCAUCAGUGUGGCAGCAGGAAGCAGUUCUGCGGACAGCAUUGUUAGUUCAUCCUCCGGUCAUUUCAUGAGUGAUACGGGCGGCACACCUGGGACCAUCAGCUCGGCCAGCUCCAUGGAUGACUUAGAGGCGGCAAGCCGUCCGAACUAUCGUCGCGAUUCCUCCAAGAGUGAUACGCGCUGCGAUUCCCGCUCCUCCAACUUUGAGGUGGAGCUGCGUAAAUCCGCCACAGACGAACGACUGGACAACAUCAAAGCCUCCGUUCCGCCGUUGCCAGCCAAGUCCUCGUCCAGCAAGUCGCUGCGAAGAUCGAAGGCCUUCUCCGACUUCGAGGUCCUGCCCGAGGAUCAUGUAGCAGAGAUAAAGGCCACCAGCAGCCGAAGGCAAAAGCUGCCGCCGAGUCCGCUGAAUCUCAACCAGGUGAACCAGAUGUACAGCGAUCUGCCGCAACUGCACUUGCCUCUGAAGAGUCCCAAGUCGCGUCGCGUCCACUCGCCAGGAACCUCAUCCGUGCCCAGCAGUCCCUCCAGGCAGUCGGAUUUCUUCGGUGAAUUCGAGAGCGAGGAUCUCUCCAGUGGCGAUUUCUCGGAGCCCACUACGCCAAACUAUUCGGAGUUUAAGGACAAGCAGCGCGAAAUGGAGCGAUCCAGCGCCAGCAACCGCAGUAUCAAGCUGGGCAGUGGAGCAGCAGGAGGAGCAGCUGGCAGUGGAAAGCGCAGCAGCGAGGAGCACUCACCGACGCAACUGCUUCACAACGAGCUCAUGUCCACCGCCCAACUGGAGCAGAAUCUCACGCCGCAGUUCAAGAAGAAGCUGCACAAGUGGCGGGCCAAGCAGCAGAACUGCUCGGGAGGAUCAUACGAACCUGCUGCCAGUCCCACGGCCAAGAGCCAGAGUGGCGAGGUGAAGCCCAAGAUCGACUGGAACCUGUGGAGCACGGGCCAGAUGAAGCUGGAGGGCCAGGGUCUGUGUGCCCUGCCCGACCAAAAGGAUCUGCCCGAGAAGUUCCAGAAGAAGUUGGAACAAUGGAACAGGCUGAAGUGCGCUCCUGGUGGCGGCACCACUUCCGAUACCGACUCCUUGAAGCGGGGCUCCAAGCACAGUCAGUCCACGAGAAGGGGAUCCGACGACGAUCGAUGGUACAAGCACAAGCCGCACGACAAAGAGAAAUUGUCCCUGCUGAAGGCCAUUGUAGUACCAGAUCACACCAAAAACAUCGAGGUGAAGACCUCGGACGGCGAGGUGAUGAAGUUCGAGGGCAUCUCGCGGAAGUUCACCAGGAAGCUGUACGAGUGGGAGAAGGCCAGGGGCAUCGGACCGGAGGCCUCCACCUUUGCCCUGCUGCAUCCGGGCUACUGUCCCAUCGAUGUGCGAAGGAUCAACAAGGACUGCAAUAAGGUGACUGCGGAUCACUCGCCCACUUUGAGUCGCUCGCUUUCGCUGGACAGCGUGUCGCCGAACUGCAAUCCAAUGCAGGCCAUCUCCCAGCAGGCCUCCUCCUUGUCCCUGAACGACGUCAACGACCUGAAGGAGAUCGAGGACAGCACCGACGCCCUCACCGACCACGAGUUCAAGAAGUACGACGAGCCAGAGGCGGUGAUGGUCGAGGUGGAGGAGCACAUCCACGACACCGCCUCGCCACUGGUCACCGCGCACACCCUGGUGGAGCAGCAGACGCCCAUCUACAAGUACGAGGAGGUGCAGUGCAACGACUACGUCAACUCGCGUCGCGUCCAGAGCUUCGAGUCGCACACGAAUCUGGCCCCCUUGCUGGGCGCACUGAAACGUGCCGAUGAGCUGUUCGGCCAGCUGAGGAAUGCCUCGCCCGACCUGGUGGAGCACCCGUCCAUGCGGGAGUGCCAGGCCGCAUUGCUGAGCAUUCGCAGCAUUUAUCCGUACUACUCGAACAACCUGAUGAAGCCGGGCGUGCUCAACGCCAUAUCCGAUGUCCAGAGCGAACUGGGACGCCUCACAGAGCUGAGCCUAAAGUCGCCACUGGACGAGGCCUGCUGCCAGGAGACCAUGCAGGAGCGCACUUUGGAGUACCUGGAGGAGCUGCAGGGACUGCAGGAAUGUCUGCAGUGUCUUAAGCUGAGCAUACAGGGCGGUACGAAUCGCUAUCCCCGGGACAUAGUGCCCGACAUCAACAUCACCAGCGAGGAUGGGCAGCAGCUGGACUCGAGUUCCGCGUAUGCCACCUGCGACAAUUCCAGCCGGGACCGCUUGGCCCAGGACGAAAGUGCCAGUGCCAGUGCAGCCUCGCCGAUGGAGCACGAAACAGAGACCAGCACCACCACUGGCACCCUCUGCCGCUCCAGCUUGCCGGCCGUCAAUGUGAAUGCGAAUGCCAACGCGAAUUCGAAUGCCAAUUCCUGCGCCAAGAAGAAGCUGCUGCGCCUGCGCAAGAUGGGUUCCCGGCAGAACAGCAAGACGGAGAGCGACAGCAGUGACGCGGACACCCACUCGGUGCUGGAGACACCCCGUCGACUGCGGCGGAAGAACUUCCGCCUGAAGCAGCGCUCCCUGGACGACGACUUCCGGCUGGACGCUGAGGUGCCUCCAGUCAGGGAAGAAAUCGUCUACGGUUCGCUGAAAGUCAAGCCGGGGGAACUCAUCGAGCAGAGUCAGAGUGUGGCACCCGCACCGCUUCCAGUGAUUCCCGACCUUGCUCCAUCUUCCACUGCAUCCAUCACGCCCACGACUUCAUCCCCGCCUCCGGCUGUUGCUACUCCGCCCACAAAGCUGGGCGCCUUUAUUCCGCCUCCUUUGCCGGAGCACAAUCGAGCGUACAACACCAACGCGAAUGUCUUCGUGAAGACCAAGCGCAAGAUCUUCACCACCGUCCCGGAACCGAGAGCCGCGGAAGGCAUAGCUGUGAUCGAGAAGGAGCUGGACAGUCCCACGGAGGAGAAGCCGGAGAGGCCCAAGUGCCCCAUCAAGCCCCUCAACCUGUACAAGUCCAUCAGCUUGGAGCGCCUAAACCAACCGCCCAACAAAGAGGACCUGCGCAAGUGCCAGAGCAGCGAGAGCUUCCGCCGGGGAACCCUCUUCGUGCGUCCUCCCCUGGCCAGCGACAGCAUGGAGAGACUGGCGGAGUCCAGGAAAACCCACGAGCUAAGUAACCCACCAGUUCCUCCCCGAAAGGCGCAUCUCUACAAGAAAAACUCACUGCACAAGUCCCACAGUGCGAAUGCCAGCAACAAAAUCGAGCACAAGAUAGCGAAAACCAGCUCAGGUCCCAGCUUCUCCCGGGUGCAUCCUCCUCCACCGGCGCCAGUUCCCCUGGUCCUGCCCAACAAACAGGACAACACUUUGCCGCGAAUCCAGCGAAAGCAUCCCAAUACGCCCACGAAGGCCAAGCAGUUUGAGUUCCCGCCUCCGCAGGUUCUCACGUCUGAGCGCCCAGCCACGCCCCUUUCGGAGAGGGCAAUUCGCCUCCAGUUGGCCAAGGCGCAGUUCCUGCAGAGCGCUCCGGUCACUCCCCGCCAGGAACCCCUAACGCCGAGUAAGAAAACCGAGACUGUGGUGCUGCAGAAGAGCAUCAGUGCGGGCAGCAUGCGGGGAACAGGAGCAGCCGGAGCAGGAGCCGCUGUCCAGGAUGCAGCGAUGCAGCAUCAGCACUACCACGAGGUGUCCACGGAUCAGGAGAGCGUGGGCCACUCCAGUGCCUACGACAGUUUGCCCCGAGCGGUCAGCCGGAGUGCCAAGAUCUCCAGCAAGCUGGGAUUCGCCACUCUCACCUCGAAGUUGCGCAGGGGCCACAAGAAGCCCAAGGACCCACCGCCAAGUCCUGGCAGUGCCUUGUCCGCCCUGUGCCGCCAAACCCUGAUGGCCGAUGCCAUUGCCUUGCCGCAGGCCUUCGGCUCGGAAAAGCCACCACCCAGUCCCACCGGAAGGAACGUUUCAAAGUCGCAGAGCACGCCUCAGGCGGCAGGUCCUGCGGCGAUCAGUCUCGAAGGACUGAACAAGUCGUGGAGCGAGCAGUACGUCCGCCAGAUGAAGGAGAGCGACGUCUAGUCAGAGUGCCCAGUCCCAAGUCCAGAAUCUAGUCAUAGGAGCCAAGUCAUUGUCCGCGAGAUACGAGUGCAUUUUAUAACUUUAUAGCCACGGUUGCCACUGAGAGCGAUAUUAAUGUCAAUCGUGUCCAGCCAAAGUAAAGAUACUCAAAGGAGCCCUUCAGGAAACAGAUUGAUCUGUGAAAAAUCGAAAAAUCCAAAGCCAAGUAGAUUUUCAAGUCUAGUUACUAAAGCAUUUUUUUUGCUUGCCUUUAAUCUGAAUUUUUAAUACGUAACAAAUAUACAUCAUUUGAAAUAUACCUAACCACUAUUUUUCAAGUAACCCAGUAAACCGAUAUAGAGCUACUGUUCCUUGUGUGCAAUAAAUUAA